AAAAAAAAUCAAGAUGUUUAAAACUAAACGGCUUAGUUUUUGUCAUUUUUCCAAUAAAGUAUUGCAAACACAAAGGAAGUAGAGAUUUUGAAGAUGUGGAAAGACAUAAAUGAAUUGGUGAAAAGGUGAAGAGAAGGCAGUGGAGAAAUUUGUGAAGUGAAGGCAGUGAGGAAAUUUGUAAAGGCAACGGAAAAAUUUGGGGAGUGAAAAUGUUGAAAGUGUGAAGUGACAAAAUCAGAGGCCCGAAAUUAGUGAAGUUGUGAAGUGAAAAAAUAUUGUGAAGUUAUGAAAUGAAAGAAUGUGUUGUUGAAUAGAAGAUGGGAGACUCGACCCUCUUCCAUGAAAAGACCGCAGGUACUGUGUGAUAUUCGUUGGCGUGAAUUAAUUUAAAUUUGGAGGUAGCUGCAGGUGGCGUCGGAAUCUUGUUGACCCACACACUCAGGCGAAUUUGAAAUCCGAAGAAGGUGAGCUAAUUAAACUGUGGCGAAAAUGGAGGACGGUGAAGAAUAUGAGUCCAGAGGCUUGGCAAACACAUCAUCCUCAUCUCUGCAACCAAAUUUCAAACCUAAAAGAGUCACCAAGGAGCAGCUCUCAAAAUUUCAGGAGCUUCAAAGGAGACGACUUCAGAUUAAAUCAAGGUCAAAGAUAAGAAAGAAUACAAAAGAUGCGACUGGAAAAUCUCAAAUCAAACAUCUGAACACCAGUAAUGAAGUUAAUGAAACUGAACACUCGAGACUUUCCAAUUCUGAUGUUGAUUUUGGGGAAAAGAGCUCCCUUGUUCAGGAUGACAAGACCAAAACUACGCUUUCAUCCAAAAAGCUACACAAAUUACAUUGGGGGCUUGACACCAAGGAACCAUGGGAAAGGAAGGCAAACAUGUAAAGAUACAUAUAUAUAGGUGGGAUGCAGCUGCCAAAUGCUGUUGAGUGGGAUUGGGAUUUGGAAAUUGAAUGAUACAACUCGAAAGACCCGAAUUAUGUGGAAACUUACUCGGUGUUGAUGGUGAAGAAUGGAUUAAAGAUAGGGAAGCUGUUGCAAAUUCUUGAGAAUUGCCUCUAGGUUUGAUGUCUUUGCCUUCUGCGUUGGCAUAAAACUAUUAGAGAACCAAUUUUUUACAAGGUCGUAUUAUAAGUUUAACCUUCAAGUUUAAUGAUUAUGGGUGUGAUUUUAUGUUGCUUUUGCUGUUAAAACUGUUAACUAAAUCAUCAGCAUGACCUGUUUAAUUGACAAAUAUUGGUUAUUUGGCAUACCGUGAUAGAUAAAUGGCAAAUGAAAGUGAGUAACUGGUUAUUAUUUCUUUCA